AUGUCAUUAAAAUCAAUUUCAAUUGAUUCAAGUUUAGAUAUAGCAUAUCGUACAUAUCGCCAAAGAUGGGUUGUUUUAGGAGCAAUAAUUUUAGUUAAUUUUUCAAAUGCUAUGACUUGGAUAUCAUAUGCAUCAAUUACUUUUCCAACAAAUAUAUUUUAUGGUAAUGAUAAUGCUGCAUUUUUUUUAAAUGGUAUAUUUCUUGUCAUAUCAAUACCAAUUGGAUUUUUAUCAAUAUAUAUGAUGGAUAGAUGGGGAAUUAGAACUUCAGCAAUACUUGGUGGAACUAUUAAUAUGAUUGGAAAUAUAUUACGUUUAAUAUCAACAGCACCAUAUAUAACAGAUAAAUCAACACGUUUUAUUAUUGUUAUGAUUGGUCAAUCAUUAGCAUCAAUAUCACAACCAUUUAUAAUGUUUUUACCAACAAAAAUGUCUGCAUAUUGGUUUCCUGAAAAUCAAAGAGCUUUUUCAAAUACCUUAGCAUCAAUGGCAAAUCCAUUAGGUAUUGCAUUUAUGUAUUCAAUGUCACCACAAAUUGUUUCCAAUCCAACAGAAACAGAUUUUAUGCGUUUGAAUGGAAUAAAUUUUGGUGUAUCAUGUUUAGCAUGGUUAGUUUGUCUUUUAAUAACAUCAUCAAAACCACCAACACCAGUAUCACCUGCUACUGAAAGUGAUGUAGAAUCGUUAGGUUUUUUAAAAGGAUUAAAAAAAUGUUGUAAAUCAAAAUCAUUUGUUAUAUUAGGAAUAUGUCUUGGUGGAGCUAUUGGAUUAUUUAAUACUUUAUAUAAUAAUUUACAACCAGCAUUAUGUGUUCAAGGAUAUAGUUCAUCAUUUUCAGGUGCAAUGGGAGCAAUUUUAAUUGUUUCAGGAUUAUUUGGAUCAGCUAUAUCAGCUGGUUUAUCAGCUAUCUCAUUAACAAUAGCCGUUCAAUUUGAGAAUGUAGAAUGGUGGGUUAUUAUAAGUAUUGUUUGUUUUGGUUUUUUUGGAUUUGCAAUUUAUCCAAUUGGAUUAGAGGUUGGUGUUGAAGUAACGUUUCCAGUAGCUGAAGCUACAUCUACAGGAAUAAUAUGUAUUAUGGGACAAUUAGAAGGAAUUGUUUUUUUGGUAUUGACAAAUUUUACUACAGGAUUAAUAACAUCUCAACAACAAACUAUACAAACAUGUACUAAUGGAUAUGAUCCAACUAUACCGACAUGGAAAGUUCCAUUUAUAAUUUGGGCAUGUUGUGUAUUAUUACUAUUAACAAUAUUUGUCGCAUUGUUUUGGCCCAAAUAUAAAAGAUCAUUGUAUGAGAAGAAAAAAAAACUUGGAACAAAUUAA